AUGGCCAACACCUUCAUGGUCUUCCCACUGAUGCUUGCACUGACUUCCUGUGGACAGAGUCACACUGAGGGGAUCGAACAAACUAAUGAUUCGUGCUACAAUUCAUGCCCAGCUGGAUAUCAUAAAGUUGGUAAUUGUGAUGAUCAAGUUAAAAAGUACAAAUGCAAGAAAUGUGAGCAUGGCACAUUCACGGAGGUAGAAAACCAUGUAGAGAGAUGUCUUCGGUGUCACUCAUGUAAUCAUGAUGAGGUGGUAAUAGAGCCCUGCACCUUUAACAGGAACACAGUGUGUGGCUGCAUGGAGGGAUACUACAAUUCAGGAUCUAAUUCACGGGAAUGUUCAAAAUGUUCCUGCCCGCACUGCCCACGGAAUGCUGACUACAACACGACGUGCCUACACCCCUGGAGUCUACAGGCUAACGACUACUAUAGCUUCGACAAAUCCAUCUACAACUCCAGUUGUGUCUCCAACCACAGUGGCAAACAAAAUUUGUACUCAUGCUGUCUUGUUUGUUCUUUCAAGACGCUUACAGUGUCUGAGGAAACUCCCAUGUUGACUCUCAAUCAGAGUCCAGCCACAUCAGAACAUCCAACCCACAUCAACCCUCUCGUGCCAGUCAAUGGCCAGAUAGUUGCCAGACGAAAUGACCACGCAGAUCGCUGGCCGGCCAUCGUCCUCUACGCGAUCAUCAAGGAGGUGCCCUUGCAUAGGUGGAAGGAGUUCUUGCGUCUGCUUAAGGUGACUGACCAGCAGAUGGCACGAGUCGAGAUGGAGACUGGUUUCAGUCUCGGCUCCAUGGAGAAGCAGUACCAGAUGCUGAGGCUGUGGAGCCAGCACGCUUCCUCCAAACUCAGUGAUAUUUUCUCAGCCUUACACUACAUGGAAUUAUCCGGCUGUGCACAGAUGCUCCAGGAAAGCCUGGAACAGCUGCAGUGGACGCCUGACCACAGACAGGCGCUCACAGCCAUUUGAAUGUAGCAGUGCGGGACAAUUGAGGCUGUACCUGGCAGCACAAGUGUAAUGCUAUCUAUAACACGACUGGAAACAUAAAUUAUUCAGCCAUGGACGCUGGUGUGAAAGACUAGACACUCGCUGGAAAGGACAUUACGAUCUGUAACCAUAUAGUACAACCCUAGAAACCUGGAACAAUGUCGUAAAUAUCCCGUACUGAGUAAUGCAGAGGUAGAUUAAAGCCAAAUAAAAACAUCUGGUAAGCUGGAAUGUGAAAAAAAGUGGACCCUUAUUUCAUGUUAAGACAGAAACCUAAAAUGUUGAAUGUAAACAUAUGAAAUAAUGGAUUUGUAGCAGUGCAAAAUGCAGUUUCGGACAUCAGGUUACUUCCUCAAGAGCAUCAUUAGCAUUUUUAGGAACCACAUAACACCUCUUAACACACUCGUAAUAUUCUUGUAGCCUACAGUAGGUGGAGAAAGUAAAUAAAUAAAAAGAUAUUAAGGGAAGUCCCCUUCCCUUAACUAAUGGCUGCUGCCAAAAAGUUGUUUAGAACAAUGUAACCUCCAGUUUUUUGUGUGGUGCCUCUUAAAUGCCAACGAUGGAGGCUGCGGUUUUACAGCAGUACUGCAAUGUACAUGCAUAACUGGGAGGUGUUUGUGCUUAAAGGGUAAGCAAGGAAGUUGCACUUCCUUAGUGUAGUGUACGUGAUUGUUUUACCUCCGCAAGUCUGUGCUUGAGAUUUCUUUCUUUUUUCCCCCUUUUGACUUGUCAAAGGACAGACUUCUUCAGUUUGAAUCUUUAAACUGUGCGUGUGCGUGAUCACUCCGUGCACAUCUGGGAUGUUUGUG